AUGUCGGGGGCCGCGCUCGAAGAUAUAGUCAAGCGGCUGACUAUAUCUGAAUUCGAGCCCAAAUCGAAACUCGAAGCGGCCAUUUCCCUUCGGGACAGCCUCGACCACUACACAAAUGGCCCUAAUUAUGCCAUAUUCCUGAAGAGGGUGAUGCCCACAUUCAUCAACACUCUAAGAGGGCCAUGCGUGUUCCAGAGCACGUCGCCGGAGCAGAAACUCCGGAACUGCACACUCGAGAUCCUCCAUAGAUUGCCGACACACCAGACACCGACAGAACCCUUCGAGCCGUAUGCCGAGGAGAUCGUGGAGCUUCUCAUGGGUCUCGUGCGCAACGACAACGAGGACAAUGCGACGCUAUGCGUGAAGAUCGUGUCCGACAUUAUGAGGCACCAGCCCAAGGUCCUCCACACCAAGGUGCAGGCGUUCUUGAACCUGAUCCAGGAGCUGUUUGAGCAAAUGGAGAAGGUCGUCCGCGAACAGCUCGAUAACACGUCGACCACGAAUUCUACAGGCCCGCCGUCUACACCAAACAGCACGCAGCCGAACUUCCAGUCUCCGCGCCCAGGGUCGCCGGUGGCAUCCGUGACUGAGCUCGGGCAGGAUCCGCAACAGCAAAACCGACCUCUUCUCAAAGGCAUGCAGUCCUUCAAGGUGCUGUCUGAAUGCCCCAUCAUUGUCGUCUCAGUCUUCCAGACCUACCGCACGAUAAUACAGACCAAUGUCAAGGCGUUUGUACCACUCAUCAAAUCAGUCCUGUGCCUCCAAGCCAAGGCGCAGGAGCAGGCGCACGCAGAGGCCAAGGCCAAGGGCACGAUAUUCGCCGGUGUUAGUCCGAACAUCAAGAAUCGUGCGGCCUUUGGCGAGUUCAUCACUGCACAGGUGAAGACGAUGAGCUUCCUCGCGUACCUGUUGCGGCAAUACUCGAGUCAGCUUGCGGACUUCCUCCCGACCCUGCCGGAAAUCGUCGUGAGACUGCUCCAGGACUGUCCUAGGGAAAAAUCUGCGGCUCGCAAGGAGCUUCUGGUUGCCAUUCGCCACAUUAUCAAUUUCAACUUCAGAAAGAUCUUUCUUCCGAAAAUCGACGAGCUGCUGGAGGAAAAGACACUGAUUGGCGAUGGCUUGACUGUGUACGAUACUAUGCGGCCUCUGGCGUACAGCAUGCUCGCUGAUCUGAUCCACCAUGUCCGGGACUCUCUGUCUCCCGAACAGAUCCGGAAAACGGUCGAGGUUUACACGAAGAACUUGCAGGACAACUUUCCCGGGACUAGUUUCCAGACGAUGAGCGCAAAGCUGUUGCUCAACAUGGCCGAGUGCAUCGCCAAAAUGCAGAACAAGAUGGACGCACGCCAUUACUUACUAAUGAUACUUAAUGCCAUCGGCGACAAGUUCGCGGCCAUGAACAGGCAAUAUCCUAAUGCCGUCAAGCUCUCGAAGCUUUACGCUCAACAAGCUGAGAACCAGGUCCAGGAGACUUACUUGGCAGACAAAGAGCACCCACCGGAGUGGGACGAGACCGACAUCUUCACGGCGAUGCCCAUCAAGACGUCGAAUCCUAGAGAUCGAGGCGCUGAUCCCGUGGUGGACAACAAGUUUCUCUUCAAGAACCUCAUGAACGGCCUUAAGAACACCUUCUACCAGCUUCGCUCGUGCAAUGCGGCGCUUCAGAUCGAGCCACAGAACGCGCCACCACACUGGCAGGACGUCUCGUACGGCUUCUCGGCAGAAGAGGUAAAAGUCAUAGUCAAGCUUUUCCGCGAAGGUGCCUACGUCUUCCGCUACUACGAGAUCGAGAAACCGGCGGCCGAGUCCCAGUACGCCUCGCCCGUUGAGUAUAUGGCCAACUUCUACAUGGUUUCUAGUAGCAAGGAGGAGAAGGACCUGCUCGAGACGUUUGCGACCGUCUUCCACUGCAUCGACCCCGCCACCUUCCAUGAGGUUUUCCAGCAGGAGAUUCCGCGCCUGUAUGAGAUGAUUUUUGAGCACACGGGAUUGCUGCACAUCCCGCAGUUCUUCUUGGCUAGUGAAGCUACGUCACCCAGCUUCUGCGGCAUGCUGCUGAAGUUCUUGAUGGAGCGCAUCGACGAUGUGGGUUCAGCAGAUGUCAAGAAGGCCUCCAUCCUGCUGCGACUUUUCAAGCUCGCGUUCAUGGCCGUCACACUAUUUGCCAACCAGAACGAACAGGUCUUGCUCCCACAUGUCGUCGAUAUCGUCACCAAGUCCAUUGAGUUGUCUACCAAGGCCGAAGAGCCGAUGAACUACUUUCUCCUGCUGCGUUCCUUGUUCAGGAGUAUCGGCGGUGGCAAGUUCGAGCAUUUGUACAAGCAGAUUCUGCCACUCCUCGAGAUGCUUCUCGAUGUCCUCAACAGUCUGCUCAUGGCAGCCAGAAAACCGGCCGAGCGCGACCUGUACGUCGAACUCUGUCUGACAGUACCAGCUCGUCUCAGCAACCUUCUACCACACCUAAACUUCCUCAUGCGGCCCCUUGUCGUUGCGCUUCGUGCAGGAACGGAUCUGGUGGGCCAGGGCCUGCGGACACUUGAGCUUUGCGUGGACAAUCUUACGGCAGACUACCUGGACCCCAUCAUGGCGCCUGUCAUUGAGGAGCUGAUGAAUGCGCUGUUCGAGCACCUCAAACCACACCCCUACAGCCACUUCCACGCACACACUACGAUGCGCAUCCUUGGCAAACUGGGAGGGCGCAACCGCAAGUUCAUGACCGAGUCUCUACCCGUCAGCUACCAGAAGUAUGCCGACGACCCCUCAAGCUUCGAUAUGCGCUUGAUAGGAUCGAAGAAGGACCGCGCCUUCCCGGCCGAGCUUGGCAUCGAUCUGUGCAUUCGUAAGCUCAUGGAACAGCCUAAGCUCACAAAGCCUAAUGCACCAAAGACGCACGACGCCUUCUACAAGAAGCACGCACUGCAUUUCAUCAAGGCUCAAAUCAAGAUUCGUAUUGGCCUCGACAAUCUCCCCGAUGACCUGCCUCGUCUUAAGUCGAUGCGCCAAAAGUCAGUCGUCAAGAAGGACGAGCAGGACGAGAUUAUGAAGCGCCUACUCAAAGCCAUCAUGUUUGCACAGUCCAUUGAGGAGUUCCGGGACGACGCCGAUGUUUUCUUGAUGAAUAUCUGCCGCCACUUCGUGAUCCUUGAGAUCGGGCGGUCUCUGGUCGACCUCAAGAAAGAGAUGAGUCCCUUCGAUCCCAAAGCUGGCGAAGGUCCGCUGUUCGUGGAUGCUCGCGUCCUCGCAGACGCGAUCCUAGAAAGCCUGGCGUCAGACCUGGCCGAAGUUCGAGAUGCCGCCUUCCGCGCUAUCCGUGCCGUCUACGACUCCACCGCCACGAUCUUUGGCUCUGAGACGCAUGUUGGCCGUCUCCCUUUCUUCAACCACUUGAGCAAGACGUUCUGCCACGCCUGCCACGAGGAAGAGUGGUUUACCAAGACUGGAGGAAGUCUUGGUAUCAACUAUCUCCUCAGCGGCGUCGAUAUGGGCGAUGCUUGGGUCACAGCCAAACAGAUGGACUUUAUGCGCGCUCUCAUGUAUGUUGUCAAGGACAUGCCCCAAGACCUGCCAGAGAAGACGAGGAAUGCUGCACAGCAAACACUCGAGUCUCUUUUGAAGCGAGUCACAAAGAACGCGAAGAAGGAAGACGCGCUGUACGUGCCAGCCCCACCUGGUCAACCGCAGGCAAAGGCGCCACGCCUGGCCCAGAUCUGCGUCUUCUUCAACGACGAGCUUUCACACAUGAACAGGCAUGUUCGCAUCACGGCGAGACGCUCGUUGGAGAUCGUUGCGGGCGCGACCAACGCCGAGAUACAUGAGCUUCUCGAACCUUACAAGGACAGGCUGCUGUCGCCUAUCUACGCCAAGCCGCUGCGUGCUUUGCCGUUCUCUACUCAGAUCGGCUACAUCGAUGCCAUCACCUACUACAUGGGCCUCAAGGCGGAUUUUGUUUCGUUCGAUGAUCACCUGAACCGUCUGCUUAUGGAGUCGCUGGCUCUUGCUGAUGCUCAAGACGAAUCACUGGCAAACAAGCCAGGCGAGUUCCGGACGCAUGAAUCCAUUGUUAGCCUCAGAGUCGCCUGCAUCAAGAUCCUGAGCAAGGCGAUGAGCUUCGACGAUUUCCAGAAGGGUCCGAGCAAUCCUACGAGGACGAAAAUCGUCUCGGUGUUCUUCAAAUGCCUCUACUCCGAAUCAAAGCCCACAAUCGAGGCCGCCAACGAGUCGCUAAAGGGAGUCUUGUCUCACACCACGAAGUUGCCCAAAGACCUGCUUCAGCAAGGCUUGCGUCCCGUCCUAGCAAAUCUUCAGGAUGCCAAGCGUCUCAGCACGCACGGCCUCGAUAAUCUCGCCAGGCUCUUGCGUCUGCUCACCUCCUACUUCAAAGUAGAGAUCGGUGCGAGACUGCUUGACCACAUCAAAGUCCUCGCAGAGCCAAACCUGCUGCAGCAGUUGUCAUUCACAUUCUUCGAGCAGAACAGCCAAAUGAAGGUUAUCGCUGCUGUCUUCAACAUCUUUCAUUUGUUGCCGCCGCAAGCGGAGCAGUUCAAGGAGCGCCUUAUUGACACUUGUCUCGAGCUGGAGGACAAGCUCCGGCGCACUCAUCAAAGCCCGUUCCGCCCACCCCUAUACAAGUAUCUCAACAGGUACCCAGCGGAGGUUUGGACCUUCCUCGUCAGCAAGCUUGAAGACCUGAGAUACGGCCGUUUCUUGUCCCAGGUUCUGCUGCACCCAGACAGCAAGGUACUGCGAGAUUUUGGUUCCGCCAAUGUGGAAGCACUCAUCGCUGCCUGCAUCCAGAUCAUCGGUGCUGGCAAAGAGACACGCUUCAUUGCUGUGGUCAACACUGUCAACAUCCUCAACUCUCUGAGCCAGCAUGCGCACUCCCAAGGCUGGAUGGAGCGAAAGGACACCGUGGGCUGGCUACGGUCCGUUUCAAAAGACCUGGAGCGUCAGUUGAGGACGGGCCAGAUGCCUCCGAACUUGCGUCUAGCUGCCGACCAAGCUGCUGAGCAGAUCAUGGGCAUCUUCACUCGGUCACUCGCCCUUGCACCAAAGGACCUGGACUCCUUCUUCACACUCAUCGAAACUGUCUCCCGAGAUGAGUUCCGCGCUACUCCCGAGCUUUUCUCAUACAUCUAUGAGCACGUUAUCUGCAAGGAGUCCAUAGAGGACUGGAAGGCUAUCGUGCUUCGCUGCUUUGACGUCUACGUUGCAAAGAAUACAUCGCAGAAGACCAAGUGCUUCAUCCUGCGCUACAUUGUCAAUCCGAUCGUGGCCAAGGACAUCAUGUGCCACUGGAACCGCCCAGGCAAGACACAGAAGUUGAUGGAUCGCUCGAUAAUCGAGGCUAUUAACAACAAGAUCUGGAAAAUCAACUCUGGAGACCAGCAAGAAGAUCUCGCUCAGCCUGGUAUCGACCACACACGCAUGGAAGUUUUGCAGCUGUCUGCAAUGCUAGUCAAGUACCACCAUGCCAUGCUUCAAGAUGCCAGGAAGGACAUCAUCAAGUUUGGCUGGACUAACAUCCGACUUGACGACGUGAUUAACAAGCAUGCGGCUUAUGUCGUCCUGGCAUACUUUAUCGCUCACUACGAGACACCGCCAAAGAUCGUCACCCAGGUCUACUACUCGCUACUUCGGACCAGCCAGAAUGAAGGACGAGCGCUGGUGACGCAGGCACUUGAGCUCAUGGCGCCAGUGCUCCCAAUCCGUUGCAAUGCUCCUCCUGGAGACCGUAAUGCCGUGUGGGCGAUCGCACCCCGGCGCAUCCUUGCAGAAGAAGGACAGAAUGUGCAGCAGAUGACAAGCAUAUUUCACUUCCUUGUUAGGCAUCCGGAUCUGUUCUUCGAGUCUCGCGAUAAAUUCGCCCUCCUCAUCAUCACGUCUCUUAGAAAGGUUUCCUCGCCGACGACGACAUCCAACAACGAGAGUAAGAGGCUAGCCUUGAACAUGAUGUGGCUCAUCUGGCGGUGGGAGCAACGACGCGUGGAGGGCAAGCUGGCCAGUUCGCCACGGGCACUUUCAGCGUCACCCAACUCGAAGAAGCGCAGGUUGGACGGCGAGAUGGUCACCUCAUCACCUCCCGCAGUCCGUCAAGGUGCAGCAGGCGACAAAGCGGAGUUCCAGAUUCCUGCUGCGUUCCGCCUUAAGAUGAUUAAGUACCUAGUCGAGUUCAUUGCCCAGUUGAACGAAAGGUAUCAGCUGCCCUCGGCAAAGCCGCGCGACAAUGCCACGCCUGCUGGUCCAGCCCUGCCAGCUCAGCCCUCUGAACUCUGCAAGAAGGCUAUGACUCUCUUCUACAAUCUGAUCCAGCCUCAGUACUGGGGCGACCUGGACGUUGAUCUCUUCCCAAACAUCACAGACGUCGUGCUGGCGAGCGAGAAGACCACAAAGAUCUUGAACGCCGACCCAUCCGAUAAGGACAAUUAUGAUGAGAAAUUCAUCACCAACAUCAUCAACACUCUCCAGGUCGUGCGUAUCGUACUCAACUUCAAGUCAGAUGACUGGAUUGUAAAGAACAUCUCUUCCAUCCAGAAGAUUUUAGAGAAGUCGCUCAGAUCCGAGAACGCCGAGCUGCAGGACUGCCUGCAUUACUCGGGUUCUGAGACAGACAUCGAACGUGGGCUCAAGUCGACUGUGCAGAGAAUUCUGGAGGCUGCACCGGAGGACGUGCCGAUGGAGGAUGCUGAUGCGGAAGGAGAGUCCGAGGUGACGACAUCCGAGAUUAUCACGUUCCUAUCGAACGUAGCAACCGAGACACUGGCCGCUUCGAAUUAUGUCUCUGGAGUCAACAUUCUGUGGUCUCUCGGCCAGCGACAACCAUCCACAAUCGAUCCUCAUGUCCCUGCUCUCAUGAAGGCACUUCAGACAAAGCUCGCACGUGAGCAUGUGCAGCACUACACUAGUGUCGCAGCACACCAAAUGGCCAUGACUGGGGUGAGAUCUCAGGAUCCCAAUGCACAAGCUGGCGAGAUGUCUCCAUAUGACCUCACGGUGCAGACUGAUCUCAUGAUCAAGGCGAUCCAAGUCACCGCUAUGCGCAUGGAGAUCCUCGGCGACAACCGCAGGCCCUUCUUGAGCGUGCUCGCCACCCUCGUGGAGAAGUCGCACCACGUCGCACUCUGUGAGAAGAUUCUCGAGAUGGUGGAGGCAUGGGUAUUCCGAUCCGAAGGCACCUGGCCCACGUUGAAGGAAAAGACGGCAGUGCUCCACAAGAUGCUGUCUUUCGAGCACCGCAGCGAUCAGACAAUGCUUAUGAAGUUCCUUGAUCUGGUUCUUCGCAUCUAUGAGGACCCCAAGAUCACUCGCACAGAACUCACUGUCCGAAUGGAGCAUGCGUUCUUGAUCGGAACGCGCGCACAGGAUGUUGAUAGACGCAACCGCUUCCUGGCAAUCUUCGACAAGAGUCUCUCCAAGACGGCAGUUGCCCGCCUGCAGUACGUCAUUACAGCUCAGAACUGGGACACGCUUGCCGACUCGUUCUGGCUCGCACAGGCCUCGCAGCUUCUUCUUGGAGGAGUCGAGCUCAACGCCAAUAUAUCGCUGCACAAAGAAGACAUCCAGACACUCCGUCCCUCGCAGCUCUUUGGCCCAUAUGCAGAGGACACAAGGGAGCCUGCAGCCAUCAUUGAUGACAAGUACGAGACGUUCAUGUCCAAUCAUCGCCGUUUCGUGGCCGAGCUUGGCGACGUCAAGGUGCGCGACCUGAUUGAUCCGCUGGUCCAGCUUCAACACGUCGACAACAACCUCGCUCAAGAACUCUGGGUCACACUUUUCCCAAUGUACUGGGCUGCGGCAGCCAAGGACGAGAGAUCCGAGCUUGAGAAGGGAAUGGUCAUUCUGCUCACGAAGGACUUCCAUUCGCGACAGAUUGACAAGCGGCCAAAUGUUGUGCAGGCUCUGUUGGCAGGCGCUGCCAAGGCUUGGCCCGAGUGCAAAAUACCACCGCAUGUGCUCAAGUUCGAAGCUAAGACGUACGAUGCUUGGUACACGGCUAUGGUGCAACUUGAGAACGCUGCCAUCAAACCCGAUGUCGACUCUGCGAACGUUCGGGAAAGCAACUUAGAUGCCCUUGUCGACCUGUACGCGAGCCUGAAGGAAGACGAUCUCUUCUACGGCACGUGGCGCCGUCGGUGCCAGUUCGUCGAAACCAAUGCCGGCCUGUCCUAUGAGCAGAUGGGCAUGUGGGACAAGGCGCAGAAGAUGUAUGAGGCGGCGCAGAUCAAGGCCCGCACUGGAGUCAUUCCUUUCUCACAGGGCGAGUACAUGCUGUGGGAAGACCACUGGGUUCACUGUGCAGAGAAGCUGCAGCAGUGGGACAUUCUUCAGGACUUUGCAAAACACGAAAACCUGCAAGAUCUUUUGCUCGAGUGCGCCUGGCGCAACAUCGAGAUGUGGCAGACUGCGGAGCACCGUGAAAGCUUGGACAUGCUCAUCAAGGGUGUCAUGGACGCGCCUACACCUCGCCGCGCUUUCUUCCAGGGCUUCAUGUCCCUGCUCAAGUUCCACAACAAGCAAGAAACUCCUCAGGAUUUCCAGCGAGUAUGCGAUGAGGCGAUCCAGCUCUCGAUCCGGAAGUGGCACCAGCUGCCGAAGCAGCUUACGACCGCCCACAUUCCUCUCCUGCACAACUUCCAGCAGCUUGUGGAGCUCCACGAUGCCAGCGUGAUCUGCCAGAGCCUGGCGACCACGACACAGAACAACCUUGACGUGAAGUCCGGCGAGCUCAAGCUGCUCCUUGGCUCUUGGCGUGACAGGCUCCCCAACACGUGGGACGACAUCACCGACUGGCAGGAUCUCGUCACGUGGCGCCAGCACAUCUUUGGUCUUAUCAACUCGACGUACUUGCAACUGCUGCCGCAGCAGGGGCAGAAUGCCAAUGGUGCCUCUUUCGCAUAUCGCGGAUAUCACGAGACUGCCUGGAUCAUCAACCGAUUCGCGCAUGUAGCACGCAAGCACAGCCUGCCCGAUGUCUGCAUUGCUCAACUUAGCAGGAUCUACACGCUUCCCAAUAUUGAGAUCCAGGAGGCGUUCUUGAAGCUGCGCGAGCAGGCACGCUGCCACUACGAGAACCCGGAUGAGCUGACGAGCGGCCUCGACGUCAUCAACAACACCAACUUGAACUACUUCAACAACCAGCAAAAGGCAGAGUUCUAUACGCUCAAGGGCAUGUUCCUGGAAAAGCUCAAGCAGAACCCUGAAGCCGAUUCAGCAUUUGGCACCGCGCUGUACUACGACAUUAGUAAGGCUAAGGCGUGGGCGGAGUGGGGCUACUUCAACGAUCGGAAAUUCAAGGAGGAUCCGACGGACUGGAACUCUGCUCGCCAGGCCUUGACAUCGUAUCUGCAAGCCAUUGGUAGCUACAAGAGUGGCAAGGCGCGCAAACUGAUUGCUCGUGUGCUCUGGCUUCUCAGCUUGGAUGACUCUAAGGGCACCAUCGCAGCGGGCUUUGAUGACUACAAGGGCGAGACGCCCGUCUGGUACUGGAUCACCUUCAUACCUCAGCUUCUUACGGGACUUGGCCACAAGGAGGCUCCCAAGGUACACGCUAUCCUGCUCAAGAUCGCCAAGGCCUAUCCGCAGUCUUUGUACUUCCAGCUGCGUACCACGCGCGAGGACAUGCUGUCUAUCAAGAAGAACCAGGAAGCCAAGGAGAAGGCUCGCCAGCAACGAGAGCGGGCACAGUCUGCGGCGUCAGCAAACAAGCCGAGUUCUUCCCCAUCCGCGGUCAAGCAAGAGAACCCGCAAGCCGCCAAGUCCGAGUCGAGCUCACGCCCACAGACCGCAAAUGGCGAGGCGAGCGCUCAGCCCAAGACCGAAGGCACGGAGGGUGCUGCCAACGGCAGUGCCAAUGGCGCAUCGGGCAUGCCUGCCCCUGCAAAUGCCACUACACCGGCAGCUACGGGUGAGGCUGCAACAACGACGCCUGCUCCUGCUGCUGCUGCCGCCACAGCCUCGACCACGACCACGGCCGCGGCAGCUACACCUGCAGCAGCCACCGCCGCCAAGGAAGGCUCCGCUCCAGCUGCUGGGCAGAAGAAGCCGCCGUGGGAGCUAUCUGAAGAGAUUAUGUCUGUCCUGAAGACGGCAUUCCCCCUACUGGCCCUGUCCAUGGAGACGAUGGUUGAUCAGAUUCAGAAGUACUUCAAGUGCCCACCAGACGAGGAUGCUUACAGACUCAUCGUCGCUCUGCUCAACGACGGUCUAGCAUAUGUUAGCAGGAUGCCAUCCUCUUAUGCGAAGGAUGUCAAGCUGCCGUCUGCGACCGAGACUAACAUUACUCGGUUCGCCGAGACGAUACUUCCUGCGCACAUCAAGUCCUCGUUUGAGGCCGACUUUGUCGCAGUCAAGCCUACAAUGUAUGAGUACAUUCACAAGCUGAGAAAGUGGCGUGACAAAUUCGAGGAGAAGCUCGACCGGCGAAACCCGAGAGCAUCACUUGAGACUUACUCUAAGCACCUGAGCGAGUUCCGCUACCAGAAAUUUGAUGACGUGGAGGUGCCCGGACAGUACCUGCAGCACAAGGACAAGAACCAGGACUUCAUCCGCAUCGACCGGUUCUUGCCCAACGUGGAUCUCGUCCGGACAAUCGGCGUGUCGCACAGACGACUGAAGAUCCGCGGCCAUGACGGCAGCGUGCACAGCUUCGCCAUCCAACACCCAGCUGCUCGCCACUGCCGCAGAGAAGAGCGGAUUCUGCAGCUGUUCCGCCACCUCAACCAGACACUUGCAAAGAAGAAGGAGAGCCGAAGACGUGAUCUGCAGUUCACCCUGCCGCUGAUGGUGCCGCUUGCACCGCACAUAAGAAUCGUGCAAGAGGAUACCUCAUACAUCACGCUCCAGGGGAUAUACGAAGAUCAUUGCCGCCGCAACGAUUUCCUCAAGGACGAGCCUGUGCUGUUUACUAUGGACAAGCUUCGCGGGUUGAUUGAGCCUAAGGGAUCUAAACAACCUGAUCAGGCAGCCUCGGCGCGCCUUGAGGUCUUUUCCGCCAUCCAGGCCAAGUGGGUUCCUCACACCGUGGCACUCGACUACUUCCAAGCCACCUUCCCCGAGUUCUCGGACUUCUGGCUCUUCCGCCGGCGCUUCUCGUACCAGCUGUCGGCACUCACCUUCAUGACAUACAUCCUGUACAUGACUGGGCGUUAUCCGCACAAGAUUAACAUUGCCCGAGGUUCCGGCAAGGUUUGGGGCUCAGAGCUCAUGUCCUUCAUGGCGCCCCAGAAGCCAUACUUCCACAACCCGGAGCCGGUGCCCUUCCGCCUGACGCCGAACCUGCAGACCCUCAUGGGGCCGCUAGCUACUGAAGGCAUCUUCAGCCCGGCUAUCAUGGCGAUUGCGCGGUGCCUCGCGGACCCGGAGUUUGAACUUGAGCACGCUCUGACGCUGUUCGUCCGCGACGAGAUGAUCUUCUGGUUUACCUCGUCCCACCGCGCCGUGCAUCUCAACGAGAAUCAGCUCCGCGAAUCGGUCCAGAUGAACUGCGACAUGAUUGUGAAGCGCGCCGUCAGCCUCGCACAGAGUCCCGUGGGAUACCUGCCUGCGUGCCAGACCGUCAUCGAUCUCAUCGCCAAGGCCGUGAACCCCGUCAACCUGGCACAGUGCGAUGCAUUAUGGAUGCCGUAUCUGUAG